AUGCAGCAGGCGACGCAACCCAUGACCGCCGUCGGUGGCAUCCUAACCUCCACUGUCACACAGUCCUGUGUGCUUUCUACGCACAGGGAACUUCUCAACCCUGCUCUGAACGCGGCUAUGGCGUCCGGACGGGAGACCUGUUUCAGUGAUCAUUCCUCAGUAGAAGUUCGGUUAGUAAAUAGUUCGUUUUUUAAAUUAAUAUGUGUUUUGGUAGAUUUUUAAUAAUUCACUUUGAGCCAGCUGUGAAAAACUCGUCGCCUCUGUGGGAUCCAAGCCCAAGACAACAAGGAGAGGACAAAGGGGUAACUUCGGAAAAAAUCACAGUAAAUAAAGCCAGGGUUCUCCCUCCUUCGUAUAUAAGCUGCCUCAAGGUGGUCCAGUGUCUGAGUUGUUCCUGCACGAACAAGUACUAGGAAGGUUGUUUUUGAGUCAGCAGAAUGACCACUAUAAAGGAAUGGGGGGUUUUGUUUUCCAAACGGACGCAUGAUAUAGACGGAACGUUAUUACCGAUGAAGACAAGGGAGACUGGAAUGGCCGUUUCUGGCUUAUUAGCCGUCUUCAGCCAGCCAUACCCAAUCCCGAAAUGCGCAACAUCUGGGGCUCGAUCCCACCACCUGUUGAUUAGAAGUCUAACGCAUCUAGCUACUAAGGCACGGGCUCGUUGUCCUGUAGGUUGCGAUCGGGAAUAUACAGUGGUAGAGGGGCGCUCAUCAAGCGUUUGUACGGAACUCACUCGUCCCGUUGUGCCUUGGAUCGCCCUCGGGCCCCUCUCUCGAGUCUAACGAUGUUGCCGGCUGCUUACCAGAGAAUGCUCGUAAGGCCCUAGAAGCAAUGCAUACGGACAAUGCAUGCAUUAGAUGCCGCGAACAAAAUUCUCAAGGGCAAGUGGAGGCGAAAGCAACCAAUAUUGACAGGGUAACCGAUUAAUUUAAGCAGAACUUACUGAUGCUAAAAGCUACUUAUAACUUCAUAGCCUGUUGAAGAAACGAGAAGCAUGCAGCAAGUAGUGGAAUUUCCUCAAAAAAUCAUUACGAAAACAGCAAGGUCAAGGUACAGUACCCCUCGGUCGAGGAAAAUGGGUAAUAGGUGUGUUUGGCAGAUCUGAUUUAUUUAUUUGACCCAGUUGUGAGAAACUCGGGAGUCCCGAUGGAAUUCGAACCUGGUAGUCAUCUGGAGGAUUCUGGAAAUUCCGCUUCGGUAGAUCGGGCGAGCAACUUGCUCUCUUCCUCCUCCAUCGUAAAUUGUAUGUCCGAGAAGUCCGCAUUCAGAUGUCCCUUGAAUGUCAGCAGCUGAUCCCGGUCGAUAACGACGAAGGUGUCAUCCACAUACCGGGCCCAGCAUUUCGGUCUGUGGUUUUGGAAGACCAGCGACUCUAACCGUUGCAGGAACGCCUCGGCGAUGAAUGCCGAAAUCGGCGAACCCAUUAGUGUGCCCUUCACCUGUUCGUAGAUUGUCCCGUCGAAAGUGAAGUACUUCCUGAGACAGAAUUUCAGGAGCUGAAGGACAUGGACGUGUCCAAGACGAUUCUCCGUUUCAUCGUAUUUGCUUUGUAGAAGCAUCUCGAUAGUUUCAACCCCAGAACCUGGCGAUCGGGCAACUUGACCCAAAUUAGAUUUACCUCACGGCUCUCGAUGGUGCCUGAUAGCUCAGGUGGUUAUAAUGUUGGCUCCACUCAAGCCUUACCCUUGCUGUCUUUGAUCCGAAUUCCACCGCGGCCGCUGUAUUUUUGACAACUCCGUCAAAUGACAAAGGGAUAACUUCAAAAAAACAUAGUAGAUGAAGCAGAGACACAAAGGGUGUGUAAAUUAAGCUCGGAUUGACCACGCUGUCUAGCUGUUUUCACAAGCCAGGUUUCCCCCUUCGUAUAUAAGCUGCCUCAAGGUGGUUCAGUGUCUGAGUUGUUUCUGCACGAAAAAGCACUAGGAAGGUUGUUUUUGAGUCAGCAGAGCGACCACUACAAAGGAUUUUGUUUUCCAAAUGGUUUUUGGUGCAGACCUGAGGCAAUUGAAAGUUCACAGGACAGAUAAACGUUUACUACGAGACCUGCUUUAACCGCCGAUACUGCAAGCCUGCGUCGGAUCUCCAGUCUAGAUACGACUGAGUCCGCAAAUGAAUCGAUACCCUAUUUCUCCUGAUUCCAAAGGCCCGCACAAUUUUAGCCUGAGUGACCGUUCUGUCGGAAUCGUAAUGUAGAUCUUGUAGGCCUCGCGGAAACUUAAAAAUUGCAUCAGCAUGAUAUCAUGCCGUUGGAACUGAAGGUAAUUUUUACAGGUAGUGUCAUGUAUGCAACACAGAAGGUUAGUCGUAAACAGGACGUGUACUGAGUACGAGGGACAGCACAAGUGGGGCGGCUUGUCGAAACGGCCGGGUAUACGGCAGGGGGGAAUGUCAUAGGCAGAAGGGUGGCCAAUUAGCACAAAGAAGGUAUGAACAGGGUACAUGACCUUGACGGAUCGCUCGUCACGCGCAUGUGGCAUGAUGUCCCGACAGCCCGGGCAGCAUACGCUGCAUCCCUCCACCCUAACGUGGACAGCAUAGGGAGGAGAGAGAAUACGGUAAAGGUAGUAGUGGAUAUCUAAACAAUGUUCUAAUGCGAUUCAUCCUGAAAGCGUUGGACAGGUUUGCGGAUUUGGGUCGAUCUUCUCAGAGCGGCAUUUUCUACCUCUGCGCCGCUUUGUGGAGUCACUGGCUCCUCUGCCCCUAAGUUAGUGCUGGCCGGGAUAGAAGCAGGAGGGGGAACAUACACCUCGGUCGAUGGCCUAGUGCUCUGUGCAGGCAGUAGGUGUUCAGUCCUCGGGAGUUUAGGAUCCCUAUCAAGGGUUGCUGUCAGUUGGAACUUCCCGAAUUCUCCACUUACUGAUUCUCACCUUGUAUCUAAGAAAAUGUAAAGGCUUCGUGCUGUGUGUGAAUUGUUUAUCAGGAUGAGUGAGGGACGAUGGGGGCUUUAAAUGCACAAAAAUAGCCAUUAAAUCAUGUUUUUUACUUCACAUAUUCCCACUUAUCGUGGGAGGUUCAGUAACAACUGCCACACGCCUAGGUGCAGGUUUCACGCCGCGCCAGUCACUUACGCCCAAUCCCAGCCACAGAAGGCUGCCUGGCGCAGACGACAGACUGCUGCGUGGCAGGAGAGAGAGAGAGUGAGGUCGACGCCUCGGAAUCCAUUCUUACGUCACUUCCACGCACUCAUCACUAUUCAACAUCCUGACGCGCUUUUAAACGGGCAGGAAGCGCUAGGGGCCGCCAACUGAUCCGGCCCUCCUCUCAGGACGAUGAGUCAGACUGUAGUGUCUCUGUCUGAAUGUGGACUACAUGGCACUCCCGCCCGGAUGGGACCCGAGCCGCCUCCUUGUCUCUCUGAGAAGUCGGUGCCGCCACUGGGUCGCGCGCGGCACGCGUAGACGGACGGCGGCGUGAUGCGGUUUGUGGGGAUAACUGCCUUGCGCAGCUCCUGCCGCACCGUUUUCUCCCUUAUCCACAUGGGCAGAAGGAACGGAUGUGGCCUCGAACACAAUGGCCGACAAAGUUGAACUGUAGUCUGCGCGUGCCGCAUAUGAUCUGGGGAAGGCACAGUGUACCAGCUGUUCAGCGAAACAAGGAGGCAGCUCGGAUCCCAUCUGGACGGGAAUGUCAUAUCGGCCACAUUCAGAGGAAGACAUUACAGCCUGACUCCCCGCCCCGAUAGGAGUACCGAGUCAGUUGGCAGCCUUCCAAGUGAGGCAGAUGGGAUUUUUUUACUGCGAUGAAUGCGUUGAAGUUACGCAGGAGUGAUUUCGCAGUGUCGACCUCACUCUCCCUUCCCUCUCCAUGCAUCAGUCUGUUGUCUGAGCCGGGCAGCCAUCUGCUGCUAGGAUCAGACGCACGUGGCUGGCGCGGAGCAAAACCUGCGCCUAGGUGUGCAACGAAACACCCUUUCUUACUGUGUGGUAUUUGUAAUGGGGAUACGCGGACUGCGUGCUAUCUGGUUAACACGUGUCGCAAGUAAUGCCUGUAACUAGCUAACGAGACCACUGAUCUAACUGUGACUCGUAGAUAGUCGAAAAUGUCUCUUGGCUAGAAAACAUCCCCCGCUAGGUGUCUCCAGUCUACUGCUUCGUGCUACUUCGUUUUCAAGCUCCCUCAGUAUGGCAGCAGAAUUGGAGGGGAGGCGAGAGUUUCCGGAUUGUUUUAAACCCUGUGAUACUCGGCUGACUGUCAUUUUGUGUCCUAGGGAAAUCUUGUCGCUCCAAAUAGAGCCUCUACCGGAUUUGUAAAGCACGUCAACAGAAGUUAAAAAAACAACCGACCUUCGUCUCCCUCCCCCCCUCAUAUCUCACGCAAACAUCUGCCGAUGACGAGACGUUUCCGCAAAAGGGACCCUUCCAAACAACCGCUGGACUGAACCCUCGUGACGUUCCGAUUAGAAGAAGGGGGGAACUCGGAGCUUCAGCUCGGGCGUGCGACCUCGAGACUGUUGCAUUCGUAGGGAGGACGGCAAGAAAAGAGGCAGUAAACACGUGCUUCGAAAACAAUUUUGCAUUUAUUUUAAGAGGGGCUCUGUCUGGCUUCUUACUGUCUGACGUGCAAUUUACAGGGGGGAGGGGGGGAAUUCCCUGCCUCGAGGUCUAGUGACCAAUGAUGUUACCGCUGUCCAGCCUGCCAAGAAUGGUACUGAUGACAAAAUAGGGAAAUAGGAAAAUACCCUGCCGCUUUUUACCAAUCUGUUGCUCUACUGGGGCGCACGGUUCCUCUGAGAAGGCGUCUGUGUAAUUCAUUUCAAUCAAUCCUGGUCCAAUCCGGCAAGCGGAACUCUACGGUCCUUCCCAAUGACAGCGGAGUCCUUCAAGGUUCCAUUCUAUCCCCACACCUUUUCUCCCUCCGCACCAAUGACCUAAGAGUCCCUAACGGCUGUCUUUUGGUUAAGUAUGCUGAGAUUUAGUUGCUGGACACCCUCUCAUGAAUCAGACACAUCUCCAGUCUCCGAAGGUUGGCCUUGACCAUGUCUCAGUAUGGUCGCGGUAAAAUGGUCUCUAAAUGAGCCAUCACAAAUCAGUUCAGUGUAUUUUCCGACUGCGACCCCCUCCUAGUCCUAAAUCCUUUGACAUCCUUCUCAACGAGGUAUCCCCUUUCAGGCACCUUCACGUUACCUUGUCAUCAAAUCUUUCAUUCUCCCUCCAUAUUGAGUCCCUUUUCACUGAAGUUCGUAAACUUCACUAUCACGUUCGUCGUUUACGCUCCUAUCACAAACCUCAGCCCUUAAUCUGGCUAUUCGUAGAUGCCCGCAUUCUUCCUCUUAUUCUGUAUUGCUCUCCUGUCAUUCUUCCUGCUUUUCUGAAAAAAAAGAUCUGUUAAUUUUAAAACGUGUCCUCUGAAUGCUCUUUCCUGCCGCCGGCGUUUCUUCUGUCUUUUUUGAUCGAUACCAUCCUACAACGACAUUUCAAAACGGUCAAGCAAUUUGCUGGUUGAAUUCUCGAUGAAGUUGCCCAUCCCUUGCAUUCUCAUCCUAUUUCCGCGAAGCCUGCCGCCCCAUGCGCCGCAGCUUCCGACAUACCUCUUGUCGCACGUCGUGAAGUAGAGAUUCUGUACUGCCAUUCCUGGCGCACUAUCUUACGUAUGGAGAGACAGAAAUACAGAAACUAAGACUUUAACUGCCCUCAUAAUUAUUGUUCUUUUUGUGUUCAAGUUUUUGACCCUUGAGUAAUGUAUUAGCUUACUUACUGCCCGCAAUGAAUGGGCCCAUUUUUGCUGAAAAUUUUGAAUUUAUGAUUUUAAAAUAAAGUGAAUUCCUCUCUUCCAUCUAAACCGCCUGCGCGCCUCAUUCGGCGUCCACCUUCCCUUGCAGGCUCUCGUACCUGACCCCCUGUUCUCUCUUUGACUCACUUUAUCAAUCCGGCUUGCUAAGUAAUCAGUUUUACCUGACAAAGAAAUCGAUUGAAUUCUUCGGCUACAUUACUUCUUAGGUUUGUGUUCUGCUCAGCGGCAAAAUUUAAUUAGCUGAGCUGUUUGCGCUAGUGCUUCUCAAACUGCGACUUGUUAGCAUUAUUUCAAAAAACGACAACAAGGUCGUUUGCAUGAUCAGAAUGCACGGUCUAGUCAGCGCCCCUUUCCGGUCUCCUGUCUGACCCAACUCUGCAUACGGAAUCAAAACAAAAACGAAACAUCCACUGAACCAGCAACUGCCUGUUUUAUAUUCAGUUUGUGGGAAAUUCCGCCUUCUUCCCACCUUGCCGUUGAAGAAGGGUGGAUUUCGGUUUGGAAAAAUGCGCAACCGACAUUUGCCCUCGUUCGUGACCACCCUCUGUACCACAAACAGCUGUGUCCACACUCUAUUUCAAAAAAAACUUAAACACUUGCAGCAGGCCAGUCGGGAGAAGAGCUGAGCGACUAUGUCAUUGUAACUUCUUCAGAGCAAAUGGAUACCCAAGUUAAUUUGUCAGGCUAAUCAGGCGUCUAGCCAAUGGACAACGGCCAAAGGAGCAGCAAACCGAAGUUUGGAUGAUACUCCCUACACCAGAGGGGUCUCUCAGAUGGUUUCUCGAAGGAUAUAGCCCGACAAAGUAACCAUACCUCAAGACACCAAGCAACAAUCGUUCAUCGUUCGGUGCAACCUAAGGACAAACUACCUCCUACUGAAACCUCGACAGUUGUAUACCAAAUAUGUUGCAGUGAUGGCAAAGGCAAGUACGUUGGGGAGACCGGAGGAAAUUUGCAGACCUGCCCACGUAAGCGCAUAAUGGAGACUCCGUGGCUAGGUCCAACUUCUCAGCUUGCAACACACUUUGGAGAAACUGGCCAUACGUUUGACCUUCGGGGAAGGAUCCCAUCAGUCCGAGGCAUUUCAAGUCCUGCGGCAUUACUUACACAAAGACCGGAACAUGACGGCCACAGGGAGCUUGGAGAAACCGAGCAGACAGCCGGUCAACGGCUUACCCAGAGGGGGACCGCACAAUCCCCCCGCCACCAGAGGCUCAACCACUCCCUCGAGGUGAUGACUCUUAACGCACGAAGCUGUCACACCAGCCGAACAUUCACCAAAAUACCGGGGCGGAGAACGAAGAAAAAAAUGGAUAAACUCAAGGUCGACUAGUUCAGCCAGUCAUUUAAACGUUUUUUCAGAGUUGUGUAUUUAACUCUCCGGUGCCGUCUGCAUCACAAAAAAUCUGUUUUGGUGAGCACAUUCCUUUUCCAGAAUCCCAAACUAUGCACUAUUGCCGAAGGAAAUUAAUGUCUCCAGAUAAAAGUCUUCGUCCACUCGUAGAAUGCUGCCCAUGUAGGCAGCAUGAUGCAUGCUACGCGAACAGCAUUACAUGAGAUGGAAAUAGUGAACUUCAGGCGUGCUUGUGAUGCCAUUUUAAGAAUUCCCAUUAUCAAAAGCAUUUUAAAAAUCCCGUUUACCGUUUCUUCACGCGCAUAAAUUGCAGCUGAUGUGAUUUCCUAUAGAAUGACAGAAUAGUAGCACAUUAAAGACUGUUGAUCCUCCAGGGCAGCGUAGUCGAAAAUGUAAAUGCUGCAGCAAGCGAAUUUGCAAAACAUGCACUCCUCACACAGCGUCCUUCUUUUAUCCUAAACGUCAAAACCUGUCAUCUACCUGUCCAACCCUGCAGAUGAAACAGGAAUAAACAGGGCAACGGGCUCGUGCCCCGGUGGGUAGAGGCGUGGACUUCUAAACCAACAGGUCGCGAGUUCGAGGCUCGGGUGUGCCACACUUCGGGCUUGGGUAUGGCUGGCUGACGACGGCUAAUAAGCCAGAAAUGGCCAUUCCAGUCUCCCUUGUCUUUGUCGGUAAUGCUAUUCUGCCAAUAAACAGAAUGUCAUGAAGAGGGAGACAUGACCGCUGGAACAAGAUGAUGUCUCCUUCUUCACGACUGCUCCUUGGGACUCGUUCCUUCGCUUUUGUUGGUAAAUAGAACGUCAUCUGACACAGAGGAUUCAUCUUUCGUACACAAUUUAUGGGGAAUUGUGUCUUCUUCAUUUCCUGUACUUAGAUGAAGAUGUAUUUCGGUUGAAAAAUGUCCCCAGGAACAUGUUUAUUUUGAAAAAUAAACCUCAUAUUCACUCUUUCGCAAGCUUCGCAAACUGCAUACUCUGCACUUCAACCAAAGAAAAAAUUCUAAAGCCAAUGCAAUCACAUAGGUGGUUCAGGCUAAUUCGGUUUGCUCUCCAAUAAACAAAGUCGUAACCCAUAGUGAAGUUCGGCAGCCGUCUGGGAUAUCUAAGCAGUCUUAUUUAGGGAUAACACUGCUUACCCCCUGGUGGGUAACAGACUUGAAAUAAUGCCUUAAACAAAUGCACCGUGCAACGUAGAUGUAGAUGUGCUAACUCAUGAAAUGUCAACCAAAAUGUCGAAAUGCGUUCUCGUUUCGAAAAGAUAAAUUAAGUAGUGUUGUAAAACUAAUCAUGAUGCAGCAUAAAUCUAUAAUGAUCCGGUGACCUCAAGGUGUGGGCCUUCGAAAGAACUUAUUUUCGGCUGCAUGCAAGAUAUACACUCUGCAAAAAAUGACUACAUAUGUGGCAUGCAAUUUUCUCAUUGAUUUUCGACGCCCUUAAAAAUUCAAUUAUAUUUCAUGGAAACCGUGCAUAAAAAUAUUCAUUCUUUCACUUAUUCGGUAGAAAAUCACUUCUUCUUCCAAUUUCAUUCUCAAAAGAAGAGUAUAAUUCGGUUUUAAAAAAGUUUGUUAUUGUUAGAUUUUUUAAUACCGUUAAAUGGCCGUUCAUGAAACGUCAUGUAUCUGCAUUUACGAAUGUGGCUUGUAAAGUUAACAAUAUUGCAUUCAUUUUUCUACGGUGUUAAGAGGAGACCAUAUGAGGUUCAUAAAAUUAAGCAGUGGAUUUGAGCAAUAUUGUUAACUUUACAAGCCACAUUCGUAAAUGCAGAUACAUGACGUUUCAUGAACGGCCAUUUAACGGUAUUAAAAAAUCUCACAAUUGGAAACUUUUUUAAAACCGAAUUAUACUCUUCUUUUGAGAAUGAAGUUGGAAGAAGACGUGAUUUUCUACCGAAUAAGUAAAAGAAUGAAUAUUUUUAUGUAUGCUUUCCAUGAAAUAUAAUUGAAUUUUCAAAGGCAUCGAAAAUCAAUGAGAAAAUUGCAUGCUACAUAAGUAGUCAUUUUUUGCAGAGUAUAUAUCUUGCAUGCAGCCGAAAAUAAUUUCUUUCGAAAGCCGACACCCUGAGGUAACUGGAUCAUUAUAGAUUUAUGCUGCAUCAUGAAUAGUUUUACAACACUACUUAAUUUAUCUUUUCGAAACGAGAACGCAUUUCGACAUUUCGGUUGACAUUUCAUGAGUUAGCACAUCUACUGUAGGUGCAAAAUUUGCGGUCGGACACAGCAAUGCACAACAACCAUCCUCAUCCCCCUACCCUCCGCCCCACCCUACAGGCCGCUAGGGUGAGUACGCUCAAUUCGCCAGCCUGAACUGUCAGCCCACUUUUAGAAAAUCCAGGGAGCAACCGACCGGAUUAGAGGGUGGUAAUGGGCGCUUGAGAACUGGCGCGCGACAAAGUGGGCAUCGCUGCUCCUAGCUUCUGAAAACAAUGCAAACUGGAGGACAUGGAUGCCGAAAAAAAACAUUUUCUGGAGCGGCCACCUAAAGGCAAAGGGACCCGAUGUUUAAGUCACAUUUGCCAUUCGAAGCGACAUCGUGGGACAACUGCCCUGUCUGCUGCAGGGGGUUAACGACUGCCUCACCAGCCUACGCCUGCCUCUUGGGGGAGUCGCAUUCACCACCAGCAUCAGCGCCUACGUCCCACCAAGGACCAAAUCCGAGGAAGCAAAGACCAAAUUCUACGAGGACCUGCACGCUGUGCCCAAGGUGGAUAAGCUGGUUGUCCUUGGUAACUUCAAUUCCCGUGUUGGGACAGUCUACGCGACCUGGAGGGGAGCGCUAGUUCGCCACGCAAUUAGCGGCACAUUCUCCUACGAACCCGCGCAGAACACCGCCUCCUCCUCCUACCCAACAACACCUUGCACAUUCCGGUGCACAAGAAGACCACCUGUAUGCACCUCGGAUCUCAUCACUGAAAGCUGCUGGUCAACGCCCUCGUCCGGAAGCGAGGUCGACAGGACGUGCUGGUGGCGACCAAGGCUAUCUCCGACGCCGACGCCUGGAUGGAUCAGCGCCUCGUAG